UAUGCUUUAUUACAGGGUUUUAGUUUUGAACAAAAUGCGUACGCGCCUGCCAUUAGUUGUCCGAGAAGCGGUAGUCGCAUUUAUUAGCUAUCGUAUGGAAUGCGCCCAAUCAUCCGAUUUUCCGCGCUCCAAUUCGUUGCUAUGCUCGUCACUGUUUGUAACCGUACAAAAUAGACUUAUGCUGAUCGGUCAAACGGACUAUGCCGGACGUGCAGCACAUAGGUAUAUAGCCUUGCUGGUAUUCAACUGACAAAGAACCAGAGCAGAUGCAGCAGAACAUCUCACACACCAUGGCAGAUGAAAUCAUCAAACUACUCUCAAGCAAACAUGACGACAAGAACUCACGGUAUAUCCAACUCCAAGAUCUAGACCAUUCCCAUCAUUCUAGAUCUGGUCCUACUGAUGUAGUCCCAACUGCCCCAACCUCCCCAAGCGAGAUCACAGACGCCAUAACCUCAGGGCAAGAUGGUGAGAAUGGGGAAAAGGAAAAAACAAAUUCAUCGAUGACUCUUGCGCAGAAACUGACGUUUGUUGGGAUGGCAAUCAUAUACUUGGCAUCUUUUAUGUCUUUCUCUGUACUUGCUCCAUUCUUCCCUUACGAGGCAGAGAAGAAAGGCGUAAGCCCAACUGAAACGGGGCUUGUCUUCGGAAUAUUUGCUCUCACCAGUUUCAUAGCUUCUCCGAUAUUGGGCAAAUAUCUGCCUACUAUUGGAGGGAAAUUCAUGUUCCUUAGCGGGUCUUUCGUAACUUCUGGUUGCAAUAUAUUGUUUGGAUUUCUGAACAAGAUUGAAGGCAAAACCACUUUCUUGAUCUACUGCUUUGUAAUUCGCAUAGUGGAAGCUCUUGGAUCAGCUGCUACAAACACAGCAGGCUUGGCGAUCUGUGCCAAUGUUUAUCCAGACAAAGUUGCUCAAAUGUCUGGUUUUCUAGAGGUUUUCGUCGGCAUUGGUUUAGCAAUUGGUCCAGCUCUCGGCAGUUUAUUUUAUGGAAUCGGUGGAUAUCAACUUCCAUUCCUAGUCAUAGGUUUGACAGCAAUGGCCUUUACUAUCCUGAAUAUAUUCACCUUACCAAGCUUGAAGUCCGUCAAUAAGGAGAACACGAGCACAGGUUCCUUGCAGGAUGUGAUGAAAAUCCCGGCUGUCUGGGUCGUGUUUAUUUGCUGUGGGUGGGCAAGUACUUGCAUUGGCUUUACAGAAGCAACAUUAACCCUCCAUCUAACGUCCCCUCCGUUUAAUCUUAGUCCAUCUUCAACAGGACUGCUUUUCUUCGUGAAUAGUGUGAUUUAUGGCAUCUUUGCACCGAUAGCUGGGUACAUCGCUGACAAAAAGGAGAAGACACGUAUCAUGAUAACUGUAGGCAUGUGCCUUACAGGGAUUUCACUCAUGCUAGUUGGCCCAAGCCCCCUUCUUCACAUACAAGGUCAAUUGUGGAUCAUGGUUAUAUCGCUAGUGAUAUUAGGUUUCGGCUUAGCUUUUGCUAUGAUCCCAACAUUUUUGGAUAUGUUGUUUAGUGCUAGUUGGUACGGACUCCCUGACAACCUGGCAACACAGUCUCUUAUAUCGGGACUCUUCAAUAGUUCUUUUACAUUGGGAUAUUUUUUAGGGCCAAUCGGAGGAGGUGCCCUAGUUGAGCGGAUUGGAUUUAAUUGGACAUCAACAUUUAGUGCUUGUGGAUGUUUUAUCACCGUGCUUAUGAUCAGUCUGUUUGGAGCAUGGGAGUUUAAAUGUGGAAAAGGGCGAAGGAUACCCAGCCAUAUGAAUGAACAGUCCUGAUCAGGUCAUUUCUGGAUUUCUUAUCCUUACCUUUAACCCGGCAGUUAUCAGUCUCAAUGCCUUCAGGUUGUCUGAACCUAGGUUCUGGUUAUUUAUGUGAUGGAGAGUACAUGUAGCUGAGUGAGGUCCAUUAGUGCGACCAUCUCCAAUAAUGAUCGCCAGUUUUCGAGCCAUGUAUUAAACUCUAUGGUCCAUUUUAACUGCCUUGAACUACCGUACACCUGCACCCCCCCCUUUAAUUUUUAUAGUACGUCAUCGAUACUUGAUACUUUAAAAAAAAAAACCUCUUUAGCCCUCCAUAGGCUAUUUUAUUGAGUCAAACACACAUUUUUACAAUUCAAUGAAAUUAAGUCUUUCCUUAACUC